AAGAAUUGAUCGAAGCAUUCUAAUUUUAAGUAGCUUCCGCGCCAUGACCUGGUUUACAAUAGCUGAAGUAAGCAUGGAGUAAGAAAUAAGACCAGGCGUAAAAGAAUUAAUUCAGUGUAAAAAAAACUGGCGUAAGGGCGUAAGCGAAAUAAAUUAUUUUAAUUUCGUCUUACUUCUACUCCUGCUUUUCUUAACGCUCGGUCAAUCACAGCGCAGAAGGAAAUUACCUUACUCUUAUUUCUUAUGUCUUGCUUACUCCAUGUAUUGUAGUCCAGGCCUAUUGCGCAUGUGCGGGACUUGUUAUACUCCGCUAAACACCAAUUGCCGUACCAUCACAUACGAACAUUAUUGUACACAAGUAUACACAAGUGCACACAUACGCAAGUACGUGAUAGAGAGUUUAUGUAUGUAUGCGCCAAGCGUUGAUGUCGAUGGUCGCGUCGUCGCGUCACAUUCCAUCUUCCUCGGAGAAACGAAUCGAGCGCGAAAACCUCGAAGCUCCGCGUGUUUACGAUGGAUAGCGAUGUCCGCGUGAUUAAUGUGAGUACGGACACGACCAUAUCCUUGGACGGGUCGAUCACGAUCGAGGACUCUGAGACUGAGGUGAUCGAGCUCGUCGAUACCAGUUGCGAGGCUACCUCCUACGUCGACACCAGUUGCGAGGCUGCCUCCUACGUCGACGAUGAGAAUCCGGUCUACGGCAGGAAGGAUCCCGGCAGCGUCUCAUCUUUCCCGGAAGACGUUGAAACGGCCGAGAUGACAGAGUCGCCUUCCGCUUGCACGAACAACGUUGCUCCACAGCCCAUCUUUAAGGUUAUGUUUCGUGACGAGAGUGCCUCGAGACGGUAUCGACAACAAGUAAAAGAUUUUUUGCAUGCUUUAGUGCGAUCUAAACCCUGUCAUGAAAAAGAUGAAAAUAAAUCAAGUUUGAUUUUGGAAAUUUGGAAUGAUAAAGUUGAAGAUGAAGAAAAAAAUGACAAUGAUUUGAGCAAUAAUGCAACAGAAUGCGAUGGUAUAGAUGAUUUAUUUACAAUUGAUAAACAACCAAAUGUAAAGAAUGAUUUGGAUGUCCCAACAUAUGGACAGAAAUAUGAAAAUACAUUUGAAGAAUCAAACAACGAGACACCAAAAGAUUUUGCACCAAGACUAAAUUGUUUCAAUUGUAAUGGGAAUCAUGUUUUGCGGGACUGUCCUUUGCCUAAGAAUCAAAGUAAUAUUAAUAAAAAUCGUAAAGAGUAUGCCCUAAAGUCCAACAUGGGAGUCCGAUAUCACACGAAUGAGGAUCAAAGAUUUGGUCAUAUGGUUCCUGGUCAAUUAAGCCAGAAACUACGAAAAGCUCUUGGAUUAAAAGACGAUGAAUUACCUAAGCACAUAUAUAGAAUGAGAUUACUUGGCUACCCUCCAGGGUGGUUGGAAGAAGCGCGCUUACAACAUUCUGGCUUGGCGCUGUUCAAUUCUGAUGGAGUAGCAGAAAAAGAUGUAAAUGAAGAAGAAGGCGAAAUCAUUACACAAAUAGAUAAAGAUCAAUAUGAUCUAAAAAAAAUAUAUGACUUUCCUGGGUUUAACGUGCCACCUCCUCCUGGUACUAUAGAUGAUAGUCACAAGUAUUGGGUACCACAGAUGCAAUCCACACAGAGCAAACAAAUAAUGUUAUUGCACUUGCAAGGUAAAGAAGCGGACGAUGGUUACAAACGAAAAAAAUUAAAAUUACCUCCACCAAUAAAUAAUGUAAAUACAAUAGAAACAAGUGAUAUGGAAGUAGAAACUCUAGAAGAAAAUGUUGUGGAGAAUGUGUCUAUUAAUGGGCAUUUUGUACCACCAUUACCAAAAGAAUCAUUGGAAAUACCACCAAUACCACCACCAGAAGAGUUACCUCAACCAGUAACAGAUGAUUCAGACUCGCAGUCGCAAGAAUUGCCUUCCUCCGAAUCUGCCGAUGAUAAUACUUCAAUCACAAAUUCGCCAUCUUUGUCUGAAUUAGAAAGAACGAAAAAAGCAUUACUUAUGGAAAUCGAAGAAGCCAAUUCGCAGUCUAAUUCUAAUUCUAUAUUAACUAAAAACGAUUCGAAUACUGCAUUUGUAUCUGAAAUGUCAUUUUCGAAUAUAACGGCUACGUCUUCUACUUUGAGAAAAUCAUCGAAUCAAGAUUCUGUGAAAUCGAAUUUACAGUGUUGUCCUGACAUAUCACUUAUAAACGAUUUCAACACUACGAUUACAUUGGACACGUCAGGUUCCGAUAAAUGCCUCAAUGUUACUCCAGUUCAUUCUACUCCACAGAGAUCUUUAGAUACGAGUCAAGCUUCUGUCAAGUCGAUACAUUUAGGUACACCAUUAUUGCCAAGUACCUCUCCGUAUAGUAAAUUACCGUCGUCAGAAAAAUUUUCCAGGGACAUUUGCGACGUUAUUAAUUUUGAAAAUUUGCCUGAUUCAACAGGUAAAUAUGAACAAAUGACAGGAGUCUUGCAAAAAGUUAGAAGCACUAUGGCAAGACUAUACCAACAGGAAUAGGUCAAUUAUUUAACUAGAGUGUGCAAAUCAUUUGAAUUGAAAUCGAAUUGAAUAUGAGUUCGAGUUGAGUUUAUUUUAAAAUUAAAGUUUCAAAUCAAUUACUCAAAUUCUAAUAUCGACAAUUUCGAAUUAUAGUCAGUUCGAUUUCAAAUUGAUCACUUCUCUCGUGUUUUCUAAUUCAUGUUUUUCAGCCAAUCAAUUGUUUUUUAUUGACGCAUUCGUAUCCUCGCGUGUAUAUCUGGACAGUGGUAUAAAAACUGGCGUUUUAUACAUAGUGUUGCCACGUUUAAAUUAGCAUGUAAUGAAUUUAAUGAAGUUUAAAUUUGGUUCGUAUUCGAUCUAAAAAGAUUCGAUGUGAUUUGAUUGUGCAAAACUAUAAUAACACACCUUUGUAUUUAAUCCUUUGAUGCUGAGUGACGCAUAGAUGUGUCCUGCGAAAUUAGGUACUGAUAGCGCUUAUUUCAAGCCGAAUUUUUUUUAUAAAAUGAUACAUGAAAUACCUAUGAAUCAUGGUGUUAGAAGACACACCAUGCUAACACCAUGCUAUGAAUGUUGUCAUAUAAUUCUCCUUUCUUUUAUGAGUAAGCAGUGUCAAGACGUGUUUUAAAACAGUUAAACGACGACAAAAUUUUAUAACUUCUGAAUGAUACAGAUUCGGACGUUGAGCUUGCAGAAAGAAUUAAAAUUGAGAAUUUUGAUGUGUCAGAUACUUCAAUUUAAUGAUAAACGUCCAGGGCCAGGCAAAAGAGCUAAAGAACAAAGUUAGAUACAUGAACCAUAUAAUUCUAUAAUUGUUUGAUCCAUACUAUGAGUGCAUUUCAUAUAAUAGCUGAACUAUGUAUUGAUUCUUGCUUCACCCACUUUCAUACUUUGAAAGCUUUCAAAAGAUUGAUGCUAACGCUUAGUUUACUACAAUACAGAGAAAUUGGGUUACAUUUCCAGUACGAUUUUUGUUUCUAAGACUUUUGUAAUACAAGACUUUUAAAGGUUUUUAUUUUACUAUUGUCCCGGGAACAAUCUGUCAAUUUUGUCGCACUGCAAUUAUAAUCCAAUGUCUUUAAAUUCGGCGUCAGAUAUCAGAUUAAAAUUUUUUUCUAAAAAUUGAUUUUUUUAUUCAAAAUAACCUCGGCAUAAAAGGAUUAAAGAUUGAUGUAUAUAAUAUGUUUAGAUACGCCAAAAUCAGUACAACAAGAGUCGAGAUUAUUAGGAAAAAAAGAUAAAAAAA